UUAUGAGUAACGGAUAUCAUUACAUGGUUUCAAAAUACAAUGAUCAAUUCAAUACAGAUUGGUCCUGUAUUGAGAUCGAGCAUAUUGCAAAUAGAGAAAAUUUAUCCACACUUUAUGAACGUCUCGUGAAUUACAAGGAGCUAGUGCCCUACCCGGAGCAUGUGUUGCUGUUGGUGGAUAGUGCAGAGGACUCGUGUUACAUAGGCUGCAGCAACAGUGAGCCGGAUGCAGGGCUGCAUCGCUAUGCAAGCAAGCAGCUGGCAGCUCAGUGGCAGUGUGCCAGGCGAUGGUGCAUGGCUGGGACAUUUUCCACUUGCCUGCAACACCGGUUGGCAAUACUGCAGCGUGUUUGGCAUGCGCUACAAAACAUCGCCGAAAAGCCCAAGCUGCAGACAAGCGGGGCUGAAAAGGAGCCUGUCCCAGCGCAAACGGAGGCGUCACGUGACCCGGUUGUGACGUCAUGCGAGCCUCAGCGCACCUGUAACCAGGCUCUGCUCGAGAUCGCUGUCAAAUCUGGCAUCUCGCUUCUUUUCGCUCUGCUCAGACAGAGCUCUGCCUAUAGCACCAUUACUGGCCAACCCAAUCUGUGCAUAGAGGUGUUGAGCACAGCAGUCGAAGUGGUGAGAGGUCUCCCCCCGCUCUCACUGGCCAAUGACAGUCAGAUGUCUGCGAUGGGCGCACAAAGUCUUGCUGAAGUCAGCUGUUUCCUCAAGCAAAUCGCCAAACCGGACUCCUGCGUUGAUUCUCAAGGACAAAGGUGCGCCCUAGAACUGCUGUUGGGUCUAGCGGUGCAGCGUGGCACGCUGAGGCACCUGCUGGAGUGGGUGGAGUUGGCAGUGGGGUGCAGUGGAGGCCACAUUGGAGGGGUUGCUCUGGGUCACUGCCGGACGCAGAUGCGAGCUGUCACGGCGGGCGACUCGGUGGCCGCUGCUGGCGACUUGAGUAGCCCUGUGUCGCUGCACUCGGCCGCACUGCUCAUCAUGCAAGAGUUGGUGCAGUUGGCUUGUGAGGGUGCAGGGGGGUUGGAAAGCGGGGCAGGAGGGGGAAAGUCGGAGGUGUAUGUAUGGGGGAGCAAUUCGUCUCAACAGCUGGCAGAGGGCACACAUGACAAAAUACUCUUUCCAAAACUAGCACCGCUUUUCACCAACGUGCAACAGGUGGAAGCCGGGCAGCACUGCACAUUCCUGAUAGACACGACGGGAGGAGUUUUGGCCUGCGGCAAGAACAGCUACGGCCGCCUGGGUCUGGGAGACAGCAGUCAUCAGCCGACGCCCAAGCGGCUGCCACUCGACGCCCACAUCACCAAGGUGUCCUCGUCCAAGGGAAGUGACGGACAUACACUGGCGCUCAGCGACAAAGGCCAUGUCUACAGCUGGGGCGACGGUGACUACGGCAAGCUGGGCCAUGGCAGUACGAGCGUACAGAAGACGCCGAAGGUGAUAGCGGGGCCUCUACUGGGCAAGCGAGUGGUGUGCAUUAGUGCCGGCAACCGCCACAGCGCUGCAGUCACAGACGAUGGCCAACUCUACACAUGGGGCGAGGGAGAGUAUGGGCGCCUGGGACACGGCGACAGUCUGGGCCGCCAGGUGCCGACACUGGUGGAGGGGUUGGCGGGCGCGCUUGUGGGUGCAGUUGCGUGCGGCAGCGUGCACACAGUAGCCGUGGCACAGGACGGCCGCACAGUCUGGUCGUUUGGUUCGGGUGACUGCGGCAAGUUGGGUCACGGCGACACGGCCCUUGUGUCACGGCCCAAGGCUAUUGCCGCCCUACAGGGUGUUCCUAUAAGGAAGGUGGCUGCUGGAAUACAAUUUUCGUUGGCUUUGACUCCUAGUGGUCAGGUUCUAGCAUGGGGCAACGGGCCGUGUAUCGGGUCGGGCAGUGCUGACUCGACGCAGCUGACGCCGCAGCCGAUCGACGAGUUGGCCGGCGUCAGAGUGGUUGACAUCGCGGCGUCAGACCUGCACUGCUUGGCGCUGAGUGGUGACUGCGAUGUGUUCGCCUGGGGCAACAACAGCGUCGGUCAGUGCGGCCAGGGUCACUCCAGCUCGCCGCUCGCCCGGCCGCGCAAGGUGCUCGGUCUCAGCGGUGUCCGGGUGCUGCAGGUGUCGGCCGGCACAUCGCACAGUCUCGUCUGCACCUCGGUGCCCACUGAUCGGCCCGUAAUAACAUGGCAUCGACCAUUUUGUGUGGAUAUGAGCCAGGAGUCGUUUGCACUGAUUGCCGCCUUCAUUCGACGACACUGCGAUGGCUUCAUGGCGGCCGAGGAGAAGGUGGUGGGAGGGGUGAAGGAUGAGAAGAAAGAAGAGGAGAAGAAAGAAGAGAAGAAAGAGGAGGCAUCUCCUCCUCUCAGCAACAGCGAACAAAGAGAGCAGUUUGUGCUGCUCUGCUUGAGACUGUUGUCGGCCCAUCUCUCAUUGGCGCUCUCUAGCGGAAAUCAUCAGAAGAUACUUGGCGACCAGGCGACAGCGUUGCGCUAUCUCUUGUUCAGACUUGUGGACAUAGUUCUACCACCCAGCAUUGAAGUGGCGGUCACGGAGUGUUUGGCUAUAGGAGCUCCAAUGCUUCUGCCUUCAAUCAAGGAACGGCUAGCCCUAUUGGACUCUCUUCUAUCCCAGGAGAAUUCUCUGACAAAAGGCCAGAAAAUGCUUUUAAGCGUGAUUGUGAAAAGUCUAGAGGACCACCAGACUCUGGCUUCAUUGUGGGGCGACGAGGCUCAUAGCUGCGGUGAGGCGUUGGAGGCAUUAAUGAUCGAAUCCCUCAUGGAUACAUUGCUGGCCAACAGGACAAAGCACACGAUGUUGGAACUGAACGAGCUACUGCUACCGUCUCAACCGGAGGAUGCAGCCAGCAGUUUACAAGGCACUUGUCAGGGCAGUCUGUUGCGACUGCUGCACUCGUUGCACAGCCAUAUGCUGGCGCAUUGUGUGAGGUGCAUCGAGCAAGAGAGAGAGGAUGAGAGAGUAGGUGCUCUUCCCCCCUGUGCCCUCCUGCUCCGACGUCAUGUGGCACUCUUGUUCUCUCACUGCGAGACACUACUGGCAUCCGCCAACCACGUCGCUGCAACCAAUCAUUCGCACUGUCUGCAUGAUAUCCUGUACAACUCGGUGGCUGGUGCUCUAUUGUCCAACAUGGCGCAUUCUCUGCUCCUGUUGCCAAGUGGCAUUGUGCAGCCGAAUGUGGCAGCCAUGCUCUCCCUGCUUCGACUCCUCCAGCAGCUCACAAAGGCACCACACAUCGACAGUCGACUAUCUUCACAGGCGAACACACCAACAGCCAUGUCUCAGCAUUGGUGGGCGUGGCUUGUUGACAUGGAGCGCGCCAUUGGUGUGCUGGUGGGCAAGUGUCUGCGAGCACCAAUCACCAGUCAGCAACUGCCGUCGCCGGCCAAUCACAAUCAAGCAAUGCUCUGGCUCGAGAGCCCUCUUUUCGCCUUCGGACAUGACUGCACCGACCAGACUAUGCCAGAUGUUUUGUUUAAAGUGAUAACGUACAUUGAAACGAUCACCAGAAACGUGGACCAGGAUUGGAUAACGAAGAAUGAAGUAAAAGACUUUGAUAAUUCUUCGCUUUUCUAUGAAUUGGACCAUCUGAAACAUUAUAAUGAAGUGAUCGGCGCUGUAUUCGGUGACGGCAGAAAAGUGUUGGAUGAAGAAAACGCAAAGCCAUUCGGCAUCGAUUCUAGUCAAGUGCCUGAUUUGGUCCAGAAACGACAGUUGAUGCCACUGCAAUUAACUGUGAUGAAUAAAUUUAUUUGUCUCGCCAUUUUGAAAGUCUCGAGCCUAGCAUUAGAUGAAAUAGACGAGACUGUGCUUUUAGAAUUGUGGGAAAACUUGUGGAGAAUAGAAAAGCGACUUCUGGCUUAUGAAGAGAUGGAGAAUAGGAACCGCGAUGAAAGUGACAGAGAUACCGUGAGGAGAGAGAGUUAUGAAAACGUUCCGAAGCAUGAUGUUUGGCUAAGAGAUGACACAAGAAUGUCCGAUGGAGACAGGCGACACCAUGAGCUGACAAUUACAAUGAUAAAAACAGCAUUUAUUAUAUUAUAUGUUAAAAAUGCACCGGACUCAGCUACUGCAAUCAAGAUAUGGUCUGAGUCAUCUGGAAAACUGUCUCUGAACGAAUACCUUGGCAAAAUCAGCACAGGAGUAAUGUAUUUCAUAAUGGGAUUGUCAAGUGAUGGUAGUGACGUGGGCUUGGCCAUGGAUUUGCAGUUGCUCUUGAAUAACAUGCAACAGGUCCAGGAAAGCGCCCAGAUGUGUCAAUCAGCUAUGAACAUUCUACUGGGACUCAUGCAAAAUACGGACAAAAAAGACGAUUCUGUUGAAACCAAAGAAGAAGGGGAUGACUGCACUGUAUUGAAAUUUGUACACGAGCAACUAGUGUCAUCCAUGAUAGGACUGUAUGAUUUUCCAGCCAAACCUGAACCAGUGCAUUAUCUGCAUCCUUUCAAAUGCGCGCCCAUUCAAUUGAAACGCCACAUAUCCGAUUCUGUUCAAGAACUUCACAAAAUUAUGAUUGAAUCUCUGAAGAUCAAUUCCAAACAGAUUCAUCAAUCCAAGCAACAACUCAUACUGAACAUUUUCGUGCUGAGUAAGCAUUAUUCGGCCAGUGAUUUCAGUCACGCUGUCUCACUCGGCCUUCUGCCCAUCCUGGUUGAGAUUGCCUGCUCGCAAAUAUUUGAACGACAGUCGACUCUCUCCCAAGCCAGUAUUCAACUGCUACUGAUUUUGUCAACAUUUUGUGGAAUCUAUGCGGAAGAACUUGAUGAGGGAGUAGUGCAGUCAAUGAGCGACGCUCUUUACUCUUUCCUCUCUUUCCUUCUCACGUCCCUCACAACAAAACAGAUUCAAAGCGACCUGGAAGCAUCUUCGCUGGAAUGCGCUGUGGAGCCUAUACCUCUAUCACCAUCAGAAGUGAAAGUGUUGGAGCGUAAUGUGGGCGACCUGCUGGCCUUCAUCCGUCGAUUAACGUCCAACCCAGUGAUGCUCGGCCAACUGGCCCAGGAGCGAUGGAUCCAACUGCUAUUGACUCUGGUCGGAGUCGGCUCCGACUCGCUGCCUCGACUCGAGUCACUCCGCUCGCAGCUGCUGGCGAUCGACUCGCUGACUCGAGUCCUGCCCCACACGCUGCUCGAGUCAGACUCGGCUGAGAAGGUGGCCGGCACCCUGAUGCAGUUGCUGGCUGCCAACAUGUGGCAGAUUCCCCACGCGCUCGCCGAGCGAAACGCGCUGCAGCGCGAGGCUGAGCUCGACUCGCAAAUGGAACGCUUGACUGGAACAGGAAUGAGUGCUCAUGAUUUGAUACUGAAAGACGAUAAUGUGCCAAUUUAUGACACAAGUUUCGACGUGAACAAGUGCCUGUGUUGCACUGUCGAGAAUGAACACACCCUUGUGCAUGGCAAUGGCGGCAGAGGAUUUGGCCUCGGAAGUACUCCUUUUACUAGCGGAUGCUACCAGUGGACAUUUCAAAUAGCGAAAGAGCAGCAGGGUAACGAAGGCACAUGUGUCGGCAUAUCAGUCUGGCCGGUAAAGGACUACUGUCAUCGGACCACUGAGGACAUGUGGUUGUACCGCGCCUACAGUGGCAACCUGUACCACGGCGGGGAGUUGGCGACCAGUCUGCCCAGCUACACGGUGGGCGACAGUGUCACCGCCCUGCUCGACAUGGACUCGCGUACGCUCAGCCUCGCCAAAAACCACGACGAGCCAUUGCUCGCAUUCACCGACAUAGACACCUCUUUGCCGCUCUACCCGUGUGUCCUGUUCUACAGCACAAAUCCCGGCGAAAAGGUGCGCAUGUGCAACAUGCAGGUUCGCUGUUCGCCGCGCGAACUGUUGGCGGGCGAACCGGACUGUGCGCCGGCGUGUGUUGUGCUCGCCGAGUCGUUCGUCGCACUCAUUCGCCGUCUGCACUCGUCGGCCGGCGACAGAUGGACGGCUGCUGUCAACAAGUGUCUGCUCCAGGGUCUGGCCUCCACCUCACAGCUGCUUCCACAACAAAAUGUAGCAGGAGUGGAGAUGGAGACGACUAGCGAUCAGCUGGCGUUGGAGGAGCUGUGCCAGGGGGGAGGUUGGGCCGCGCUAGCAGUGGUGGGGGUGUGGACAGGGGUCUGCGGGUAGGAGGGGUUGCCCUGGACAAGGUCACCGGUCGUCAGGUCACCGUGCUCGGCUCAUCCCCCACCAGGCACCCCUCCAGGCAGGCCAACGCACACAUCAAGGUCUACUGGGAAGACGCCGGCGAGGGACCUGCUAUCAGCGACCGAGCCGGCUGCCUGCUGGAGCCAUGCGAGCCCACGCCCUUCAACAUCAACAAACUGAGUCGCGUCCCCCCCACCACUUGGCGCAGUUUGGCGUGCAUUUCAAAUUUGGCGCGCGAACUCGCAUUUCCCGCCUGUCAGCUGAGCGACGACGAAGCGGCCGCCAUCAAGAAGGCACAGGAUAUGACGUCAUCAGCAGCAGCCAAUCAGCAGCCGGCUCCGCCUAACCCCCCGCCCACCGCCACUCCCACCGUCACCAGUGUCGAGUCACUCACCAAUCAGAUUAUUGUGAAUAUUUUCG